UUUAGGGGACAGAGGAAGAGUGACAUGGGAGGAAGCCAGGUGCGCCAGGGCCUUUUCGAGCGUUACCUGAUCCUGGCCCAGAUGGUUCUCCUGCACGAGGGAGAUGCCUUUACAGUGUCAGAUAUCUAAUUUGAAUGUUGCUGGAUUAUGUGUCUUUCAGUUGACAACAGCAGUGACCAGUGCCUUUUUAUUAGCAAAAGUGAUCCUCUCAAAGCUUUUCUCACAAGGGGCUUUUGGCUAUGUGCUGCCCAUCAUUUCCUUCAUCCUUGCCUGGAUCGAGACAUGGUUCCUGGACUUCAAAGUGUUACCUCAAGAGGCAGAAGAAGAAAACAGACUCUUGAUAGUUCAGGAUGCCUCGGAGAGGGCGGCGCUGAUACCUGGGGGUCUUUCUGAUGAUCAGUUUUAUUCUCCUCCUGAAUCUGAAGCAGAAAAUUUGAUUUAUCAUUUAUGUUUUUGUCUUAUCAUUCAGAAGCUUUCCCCCCUCACCUCACCCCCUGUACUUCUCAAUAUGCUUAGCAAACAUUUAACAUACCAGACAUUUAGGAUGUGA